AUGCAAAUACGACCACAAGAAUCCCUUGAACAAGAUUACCAGGAAGUGUCUGAUGAAAUUGAGAGCACGCAAAAUAGCGAUGGUUAUUCGAUCAUAUCAAGCGCUGAUCACAGUACAUUCACAAGCCGUUCAAAUAGUCCCGCCAUUCAUUUGAAUAAUUCUCAAUCUACAAAUCAUUUGUUAGAACAAGAGUUAAGCACUAUCAAUAAUCAACGCACUGAGAGUGAUAUAAAUUUAUUUCAACAUAACAAUGAUCAAGCUGCGGUCUUCUCCCAAGAUCAAAAUAAACAUGACCAGGGUCAAGCUGCAAGUCACCCCGAAGAUCAAAGUUUAAAUGCUACGUAUUCCUCAUCUACGUUAAAGGACACUAAAGAAAAAUUUGUUCCAAAUAAUGAUCAACUUACGAACUCGAAUAAUUUCACAACCGAAGAAAUUGGAUCUUCAUCUCAUGCUAAUUCCACAUCUACCUCUGCACAGACAGGAUCAAAUGAUGACAUGGUUUCAAACAAUUUCGACCAAAUGAUGAACAUUUUGUCUGAAUUUGGUGAGACUCAGAAUGAAACCUCAACUACAGACUUGACAGAUCAGACAGAUCAAAUAGAUGAUCCUUCAAAAACAGCUGACAAUAUAUGUGCUCAUGGGAGUGUAGAUGCUGAUUAUAAGAAACAUAUUCGUGCUGCAAUUGAAACCUAUAAAUAUUUUAACAAAGAUCCAAGUAUCAAUAUUACCUAUAAAAAAGAUCUUGCUGAAUAUAUCCCUGGUUUAUAUCGUUUAUUGGAUUUGUGUAAAGAUGAUGGAUCUAAUGGACUCGUUGAUAAAAUUAUCAUUUCUAAGGAUUCUCUCAAAAAACUUUGUAAUGAUAUGGUACCACAUAGUUUUAUCUCAAUAUCAGAAAUUGAAUAUAAUCGGUUAAACAACCUUUCAAUCCGGCUUAUUGGUUGCUAUGGAAACCACAUUUUAAUUGCAAAACUUCUUUUAAAUCGUAAUAUAAUAAAUCAAAAACUUUUUGAAUUACUUACAAUGACACGCUCAUCUGAGUACAAAGAAAAUCAACCGACCCUUCGAUCUGGUAUCUAUUUGCUAAUAGUUAAUCCUGACGUUGGUUUAGUAAUUCAUUGGCCUGAAGCUGGAUGUUAUGAAGAAAAUGCUUCAUCCCACAAAAAGAAAAAUAUGACUAACCUUCAUAGCACGCUAAAAGAUUCUUUUAAGAAAGAACUCCAAUCUCGUAUGCAAGAUUGUGCUUUGGAAAUUAAUCGUAAAAUGAGUAUGAAAGCUUUAGAAUUUUUAGUCAUAAACGGGUUGGGCCAAGAAAAUGAGCUUUUGGGUCCGUUUCGAGAUGCCAUCACUUUGGCAAAAAAAGAAAACGAUUUAAAAAAAGAAAGUGAAAAGAAUAGCAUAAAAACCGAUGCUGAAUAUGUUACAGCUAUGUCACGCGAAAAAUUGAAAGAAUUAUAUAGUCAAUUUGAACUUAAAUAUAGCAAAACAUCAUUGGAAACUUUGAAUGUCCAACUUAAUGAUUCUGUUAUUAAACAUAUUAUCACCAAAUAUCCUGAAAUGCAACAAAAAAUUGCGAAUGUUGCCAAAAUUGAUUCUGUUACCUGGAAAAAAUUAAAACAUCGAUACUUCUUUGCAAGAUUAAUCACAGCUACAGCAUGUAAAGAAUAUACUAAGACUGACAGUUCUAAUGAUGAUAAAGCAGAGAUCACUCUUUCUGCCCUUAAAACAUUUUACUCUAUAUUUAUGGAUAGUGAAAUUGAUUUGCAUAAAGUUGUUAAAAAACACUUUGAAACACAACAAGGAAUUUGGAAGAUGGUGACAUCGUUCUUCUCUUACACUAAUUCAAACUCGACCUCGACUUCGAAAUUGGAUUAUAGCCGUAUAAAUGAAAUUUCAAUCCGGGCUUCUACAAAUAAUAAAGAUGAUUCUAAUUUUAUUAAAAGCUUAUAUUCUGAGAGUUGGUUUAGUCAAAAUGAAGAAAUUAAACAAGGAGUUAUCGACGCCUUCUUUCGUGAAUAUUUAAAAUGGAGAAAUGAUACUUUUAUUCCUAAUGUUAAAGGAAUUUUGCCUAAAUCAUCUGGUCCUCUGGGUAAAGAAAUAGAUCGCAAAUUUGAUGAAGAUUUCACUUUGAUGAAGCGAGAGUUGGAAAAGCUCGAAUUUGAAAAAAUAUGUAAAAAAAUUGAAGAACAAUAUCAAACAGGGCGUAAAUUCAAGAUAUUAGAAAUAAGUGAUUCACAUUACGGCCCCACAAUGCUUAUCACUUACGAGGUUGAAACAACACAGCCUGAUCAGUUGCAAUUUACUAUUUACGAAACAUCAUUGGAGCAAUCUGAUUCCUUUGAAUUACAAGAGAAUGAAUUACAUGUACCUAGACCUAGGUUAUUAACAAAUGCUCACGGAUAUACAGGAAUAUCUUUUCAAAUCAAUCCUGAUGUAUACGAACUAAGGAAAAUUGCUCAAUUUGAAAAUAAAAAAUAUUUCAUUAUCUUUUGGAAUAAGAAACAACCACGAUACGAAAUAUUCUUUGAUAAUGCAUCACGUCUUAAAACAAUAUUUCAAUCAUCUUCACCAAAACCUUCUAGGAUAUUAAAUACAGAAGAGAAUUGUCUAUUCGCUAUUAAUGAACCACGAGGUUUGGUCGGCAUAUAUCAUACACAAAGCGGAGUG